AUGAAGUUCCUUGGCAUAACCGCUUAUGCAGCAGCAUUGUUGACAUCCAUCUACGCCUUGCCUGGUGGGCAUGGACAUGGCAAUAAGCACGAAUGGCAUCAUAAAGGGAAGGAGCAUAAAGAAAUCCACCAUAAAAUAUACCCUGGCAAGAUCACCACCAUCACUGAUUAUGUCGCCACCGAAGUUGAGACAGUAGUACACACAGCGUCACCCGCUGAGGGAACUGGUGUUGGCAUUGUCCCUGGCAUAGAGGAAUUGCCUGGGGAAUGCCCAUUAACACCCAAUACUCUAUUUGGUGAAGAAGGUGGUACAGGGCAAGACAUUCUUGGUCCUUUGGCUGUUGGUGGCAACUUCCAUGCACCCAACUACAUCGUUAACGCCAACCAUGAUAUCAAUUGUGCUGCCGAUGAAACCUCUUCCUUUGAUAGUAUUGGUCUCGUAAUUGGUGGCGACUCUACUACUUCCGGCACCCAUGUGCGUGGCGAUGACUUGAUUGCUGGUGAUGGUGAUGAGAGCCAAUUUGACCAGCAAUUGGCAGGAUGCCGUGUGAUUGUUGAUGAAGCCACGGGCUACUUUGAUUUCCCCCGAUCAUCCAGUGAUGCUGAGGCAUUGUCACGAACAUUGGCAAGCUUGGAUACCAACCAUGUCCUGGGUACGAAUGGUGUAGUGUCAUCAUUGCAGGAUAACGAAGACGACAACUUUAAGGUUUUCCACUUUAACACGUGCCGAGCUGCAUCGUGUGGUGUGAGUGAUAGUGUUGCAUCCACACCUGAUGAAAUUUUCUUUGGCAUUGGCAAUUGGAAUGGACCCAAUGGUGAUGUCCCAUCCAAUACCCACACUGUAGUCUUCAACGUACCUGUUACUUCAGGCGACACAAUCACUUUACGUACAAAUGCACCUACUCAUGGCUUCAACAGCUGCAAUGCCAUUUAUAACUUUUACCCUGUUGAUGCAAAUGGCGACUUUGAUCCUAAUGGUGAAAUCACCAUCCAUCGUGAAACAGGAUCACAAUUCGAAGGAUUAGUGAUUGCACCACGUGCUCACAUUCGUGAUGGCAAUACAGGCAACUUUGCAGGCACAGUGGUUGGUCUUGAUUAUGAUUGGCUUGAUCAAUCAGCAGGCGUCGAAAUCCAUGAUUGGAGAGCGGCUGGAUGUUCUAAUUAUGCUGGUUGCCUUCCAGGUGAUGGUGGUAAUGUUAUCGUUAACCCACCAGAGCCCACUAUCACCGAUGAACCUUCCGUUACACCACAUCCUGAUACCAUUACUGUAACGCCUGUCCCAGAGCCCACUUGUGAUAAUAAUGAUAGAACAAUCACAACCACAACCACCGAGACGACAACGGAGUCCACUUGUGAUAAUAAUGAUAAUGAUGUUGCAAGAACAAUCACAGUAACAACAACUGAAGCCACUUGUGAUAACAACGCUAGAACAAUCACCCUCACAACAACCGAUACGACCACUGAGACAACCACCGAGACAAUUAAACAACCCGAUACAGCCGAUACCAUUACUAUAACAGAGCAACUUCCUGGUCCUACGCAAACAGUUUAUGUCAUUGGCGAGAAGAACAAAGGGGAUGAUGGCUAUCAUGGUGGUUACGAGAAGAAGAGCAAAGAGAAAAAGCACAAGAAGAAAGGAGGCAAGGGCUAUGAUAAGUUUGACAAGAGCUGGUAA